CUGAUAGCUGUCAAUUUAACCAAAACAAAUAAUAAAUUUUUGGAUAAAAAAACGAAAAAUGAGUGCAUUAACUACGUUUGCGGCUAUUUUAGUAGAAAAUGAGAGACUUGCAGAAGAAACCCUUAAUAGAAGGAUUCUGCGCGAUCAUUCCAAUCCUUUAGAUGUCUCUGAAUUGGUGUUCGUAUCCAGCUACCGGGUCAACAAAAGUGCAUUUAACAUGUUAUUGGACGUUGUUGUUCUGCAUUUAAAAGAAACAUCCAUUCCGGCGCAACUGCAAUUGGCGGCCACACUAAGGUUUUUGGCGGAAGGUGGCUUCCAAAAGGCUGUGGGAAAAGAUAGUUAUAUUGCAAUGGGUCGUAGUACGGUUGCAAAAGUAAUUACACGCGUGCUAAAGAUUUUAGAAAAAUAUAUAUGUUCCCGGUGGAUAAAUUUAAGCAUGACCGAAGACGAGAAAACGAAAUCGAAACAGCAUUUUCAUCAAAACUUUGGUAUACCCGGAGUCAUUGGUUGCGUAGACGGGACGCAUAUUAAAAUAACCAAGCCGCAUAAAGAUUCCAGCCUAUUUUACAACAGAAAAGGUUAUUUUAGCAUCAAUGCAAUGAUUAUAUGUGAUUACAAUAUGGUAAUCAGAGCACUUGACGCUCGUCGUCCUGGUUCAAGUCAUGAUGCUUUGAUAUGGAGUGUCAGCAGAGCUCAUGAUUACUUCAAACGCAAUUACGAUAACGGUGAACGCGGCUUGUGGCUUUUAGGUGAUGCUGGGUACGCACUUCAACCUUUUUUGUUAACCCCAUUUAGAGACCCAAAUGUUGGGACAGCACAGCACAUAUUUAAUCUGGAGCAUUCUUCAGCGCGUAAUGUUGUAGAAAGAACAAUAGGGGUUCUAAAAAGCCGAUUUAGGUGCCUUUGUCGAUCUCUACAAUAUCAACCUGAAAAGGUGGUGCAAAUUACAAAUGUUUGCUGUGCAUUACAUAAUAUCUGUAGACAUUAUAAAGUGCAGGAGUUAGUUGAGGCAGGCCCUAUGGACGAGGAUAAUGAACCUGUUGUUGAAGGAAUAAUAAACGAAGCUACUCUUGAUGGCGAGGCUAUAAUGAUAAGGGAGGAUAUCGCGACGCGCCUAUUCUCGAAUUCAUGAAAAAUUAAUUUGAAUACUUAAAGU